GUUCCGGUUUAACAGUUUUGAAUCACGAUCACGUUGGUGGUUAAGCACAAGUUAAGCGUUAUAAUCCAAUUUGAGGAGCCUGAUUCAAAUAUGCGAUUAAAAAUUCCAGUAAAUCUAGUAUAAAAAAAUUGUCUAGUAUAAAAUACGAGACAAUGAAAGGAGCGAAAGAAGUGGUCAUAACGAGUGACAAUUCGGGGGAUGCGAGCAAUGCAACAGUGUGGGAUCCUUGUACAGGUUCUACUUUACUGACUUACAGAAACGGGGGCUCGCUUGGAUACCAUACGCUACAGAUUUUACACGACAGCUACGUGAUUGCCGCGGAUGCCACAAAGCCUCGAUUCCACGUAUGGCCAUUGAACAGUCAAAAUCCGGUACCUAACCUACGUUUGACAACGCCGGGUAGAGUAACGAGCCUUUCCUGUUCACCGAUUGGUUCGUACAUCGUUGCUGCGGUCUCGGAAAAAUUGUUUGUAUGGCAAUUCACCAGCGGCCGUCUACUGUGCACUUUGGCACGUCAUUACCAGACAAUAACUUGUACAUCGUUCACUAGCGAUGGUUCGAUGUUUGCAAGUGGUGCGGAGGAUGGUUUAGUGUUUGUUUGGUCUCUAGCACGUACCAUAAGCCGUCGAGAUUGCGAACCCAUCCACAGCUUCUCGGAUCAUAUCUUACCCAUUAAAGAUCUAUGUUUUAGCCAUUUUGGACCUAAGGCAAGGCUGGUGACGAUAUCGUUGGAUCGUACUGCAAGAAUUUAUGAUUCAAACAGUGGCAGUUUGUUGCUUAAUCUUAUUUUUGAUGUACCGCUCAGUUCAGUUGUCAUCGAUCCUUUAGAGAAUGACCUUUUUAUUGGUUGUUCGAAUGGAAAUAUUCAACAUAUUGAUCUGCGAUCACCACCUAGAGGUACAGAAUACCAUGUGCAACUUACGGCCACAGAAAAGAACUCCAAUAGCAUUUUUCGGGGUCAUGAAGCAAGCGUCGUUACUCUGUCUCUAUCAGCUGAUCGCAGCACUCUGCUUUCGGGUGCUACCGAUGGAGUUGUGAAUAUUUGGGAUAUAAGGAGUCGUCAGGUGACACGUUCGAUUAAUCUAAAGGGCGCCGUUACUUCAGCUUUUUUCACACGGGCUACGAACAAUUUUCAAGAAAAUGACCUUAAACCAAAGUUGCAAAUGCGCGGGUUACAGCGAAUUUCCGAUGAAAUUGGUGGAUAUAAUUUCGUUGAAAUAAUUACUAGCCAUGAUGCUUCUGAGAGGUUACUGAACAUCCAGAGUUAUGUUGAAAGCAAUUCAGGAUUAGAUCGAUCAAAAGACAGUGACACGCAAAAAUUGGAAGAAGCUCGAGCUGAAGUGGAAAAAUUAAAGAGUAUUAACACUGCCAUGUACCAAUAUGCUGCAAAAUGUCUUUUAAAUAAAUUAACCGAUCCGCCUUAGAAUCAAUUUCUAUCCCUGUUUUUAUUCUACUAUUUAGCAUUUAUCAGAAAUGCUGCAAGGGAAUUUGUAUUUAACAUUUUUGUAAUGCGACUAUCAAUAUGUUACAUUUUGAAUGCUAAGUAUUCAACGUAUAAUAAUGAAGAAGAAUAAAGUAUUUGUUAGUAGUAUUGUGUUUUAUUUUAUACUAGGGUGUAGGAAGUAUAAAAUAUAAGCUUUAAUGUUGAUUACUUUUUACAAGCUGUAAAUAUCCUCAUGGUAAACUGGCUAUAAUUUGUUAACAUUUUUUAAAUUAUAAUCUGCGCGUAGCCGUUUUUUAUACGCAUACUGUCAAUAAAUUGUAAUUCUGA